UCCCCAACCAACAACAAUGAAAACAACCAGUUUACAGACGUUUUGUGUACUGCAUUUCGUUUCAAUUGAUUAAAAGAAAAGCCUGCAAAGAGAAAAAAUUAAAAAAUGGAACCAAUAUCGCACUUAGUAAAAUCAAGCUUGCCAAACUAUUUAUCCAGCUUGCCGGUGCCCGACAGUUUAGGCGGCUGGUUUAAAUUGUCAUUCAAGGAUUGGUUGGCGCUCAUUCCACCCACUGCUGUUCUUGCCGGCUUGGGGUAUACCGCCUACCUGGCCUUCUGUCCCGCUGCCCAGUGCAGCGCGAAGAGCGCUCGCUGCAAUAAUCAUAUACGCAAACACGAGGCCAAAGUUGUCGACAUGAUCGAUGUGGAGGACAUUGCAGAGAAGGCCGCCUUCUGUCGCUGCUGGAAGACCAAGAAUUGGCCCUAUUGCGAUGGCAGCCAUGGCGAGCACAACAAGCUGACCGGCGACAAUGUUGGCCCAGUUGUGGUCAGCAAGAAGAAGUAAACGCCUUUCUGACUCUCCUCGGCUAGAUGAUGCACCAAUAUCAUCACCGUUUGUCAGAUUCAGUUAGCAUUUCCUUGUUGAUAUUCUCGAAGAGCUUCGUUUAAGUUAAAAGCCGAACUCCUUUUCUUAAUUCUUUUUAGUUUUUUUCAAGCUAUUCCUACUGUAAGCAAAUACAAAAAUAUUAAUGGAAUUCAAAUGAAGCCAAUAAAAAAAGAUUGAAUAAAUGAAUGAUUGAAUCAUACAGAUAUUAAAA